AUGAAUGAGGACGAGGACAAUGAGAGCGAAAACGAUUCUCAGAAAGAGUUGAAGAGGCAGUUUGACCGCCUGCCAUACAUCUCUGUCCGGCCAAUGAACGGGCUUCCCCACAACGAAGCGGCCCGUACGACGGUGCCUGAUGACUUCCGACUGCAACCUGUCAACAUCCCACCCCGCGACGUCCGCCACGUCCAUGAGGAGGAAAUGUCCAAGGUAAACGGUGUCAGCACCAUCAAUGGUCAUGUGGAGCCCUCUUCGCCCAUCGCCACCGCUGGCACGUCCUCUCCUCCCGAUGUCUUCAACGCCAGCUCCGUCGCCGAGAUCAAGGCGGCCCUCUCCCACCUCCAGGACCAGGAGGCAGCAGUCACAGCUCGUCUAGAUGCGCUCGUCGCGUCGCAGAAGGACUUUUCGCGAGAACUAGGUCGACUGGAUCUGCUGCGCGCCCAUCUCAGUUCCCAGGCCAGUACGACCCGAACGAUCAGCCAUGGCAUGCUCUCCGGCGCUGCAGCGACCGCGGACCGCAUCUCGAGCGCCGUGCGACGUCUCGACCUCGAACAGUCGAGGGUGAAGGCGACUUUGGAGGUGGUUGAGCAGGUGGCAGAACUGAAGGCGUGUGUCCUGGGCGUGACGGGUUCGAUGGAGGGCCCUCAGGACUGGGAGACGGCCGCCAGCUAUCUGAACCGGGCCUCCAAAAUCCCUCCGGAGGUGGUCAAUGGCGCCUUCGCGGCACAAAUCGUGCCCACCGCCGAGGUUCCCGAUCCCCCCAAUGUGACGCUCAACAAUGCGGCCGAGUCCCUCUGCGGACUGUUCCUGCGAGAGUUCGACAAGGCGGUUAAAGAGAACAACAGCGCAAAAAUUACACGAUUCUUCAAGCUAUUCCCGCUAAUAGGCCGAUCGGAAGUCGGUCUGGAUGUAUACGGACGGUACGUGUGUCAGGGAGUGGCCUCGCGGGCGCGGUCCAACCUCAAUGCGGGGACCGGAGGAGCGCAGGGCAAGGAUGGCUACUUCUACGCGAACGCUCUCACCAAGCUAUUUGAGCACAUUGCGCAGAUCAUCGACGGACAUGGGGAGCUGGUAGAACGACACUACGGUUCGGGCAAGAUGACAAGGGUGAUUGAGCGAUUACAGGUGGAGGCGGAUGUCCAGGGUGGCAUCAUCAUCGAUACGUGGAGUGAUGAGCGCCAUGUCGAUCGCAAACUAAAGGAUAUCAAAUCCUACGCCUUUACAUUCCUGGUGCAAAGCUUCCUCCCGGCACAACGUGGCGGCGGAACGCCUCGUGCAACCUCGCCAGCGAGCAAAGAUGCUGCCCCAGCUGAAGACGAGGGCGUCGACAUGAAGGAGGUGGAUGGAAUUCUGAAUGAAAUGGCGGUCAUGUUGGGACGUUGGUCUCUUUACUGUCGGUUUUUGGCAGACAAGUGCAGGCCUCCCGAAGAAGACGAGGACGCAGAGAUCCAUCUGAUACUGCCGGAUUUCCUGGUGGAGUCGGCCCUGGCGAAGAAGAUCAACGAUCGAUUGAUCACUCCAUUCAACGCCAUGACUACCUUCUUCUUACGCCGCUCGGUCGAGAAGGCGUUCCAGCUGGAUGAGCAGCCGUCGGGCCUGACAUUGAAUCCGCACAAACCACUCAAUGCGGAGCCUCCUCACAUCACAUCCGCCGUGGACGACAUCAUGUAUAUAGUUAACAAGGUCCUCCAGCAGUCUAUUGCGACGUCCCAGAGGGCGGUGGUGACCAGUGUUGUUCCAACCUUGGCCCGGGUGUUGGGAUCCGACUUCAUCGGCAUGAUCCAGCGAAAGAUGCGAGACGAAUACUAUCCCAAGCCGCCUGUGCAAGGUGCUCAACCGCCAGAGCAGACCGUCAUUGCCUUUCUUGUUUUGAUCAACAACUUGGAUGUUGCGGUGGACUACAUCCGCCGGAUCGUGCAGGGGCAUGUGGAGAAGAAGAGUGCUGGCGUGGACGACGCGUCAGAAGACGACAGCGGACUGCAGGCGCUGUUCCCCGUGUCAGACGACGCUGCCGUCGUUGCCCAGACAUUGAAAUCUCUGUCGACGUCGUUCGAGUCCAAAGCGAACGACUUGCUCUCGGACGGCAUUCAAGUUGUCUUCAACAAUGUGGUGAAGAAUCGUCUGCGACCGAUCCUGGCCGACGCAUUCCGAGAUAUUGAAUACCAGCCGCGGGAUCAUAACGAUCCCACCAGCACAUAUCAAAGCUACGAUCCGGACGAGGAUGAGGACGAGGACGCCCGUCGUGCGGAGCUCGUUCGCCCGCGGUUUGCAACCGCGUGGGGAGAGCUGCUUCUGCCCAUCUCGCGGAUCUUGACUGCGGCAACUUUCGACCGUUUGUUGACGGUGACGGUCGCCUAUCUGGCGCGACUGCUAGAGAAGCGGCUCUGGUCGUAUCACGGACGGGUCAACGCGCUGGGCGCCAUCCGGCUGGAGCGGGAUAUUUCGGGGAUCAUCGCGAUGGUGAUGGCGAUGGAGGAGGAUGAAUGGGAGGAACUGGCCCGGGGCGGGGAGAGUGCGGCGGUGGUGGACAAGUUAAGUCCAGAGGAGCGGGCGAGAGCUCGAGCGAUGGAUAUGGGAAGAAAAGAAAAGAAAAGAGAAAGAACCCUUCCUAACGACCUUAAGCUUCUCUACCUGCUACCAUUCUCUUUCAUCCUCACUUAUGCAGCACAACAGCAAUGGCUUGCAGAAACAACUUCCUCCCUCCCUGAGGGCUCGUUCGCAUUGCGAACAAAACAAAGGCUUCUUCAGCCAGAUGACUUCUUGAUGCGACUUCACUUUGGGAAGCUUUUAUGUACUGAAGUACUAAGUAAUGAAUCCAGGCCGCCGUUGGAGCGAAGAAUCCCUGGGUUUUCGACACUGAUCCAUUGUUAUUGUCUUGUGUUGCGUGUGAGAGUAAUAAAUGGAAGCUUCUUGUGGAAAGAAACUUCUUUAGCUUCUUUUUUUUUUGUUUGGGCUUCUUUUGCGUACUUCCAGAAGAAAGCAAGUUAUUAUUGA